AUGCAUACAAAUACAUGAUUUCUUUAAAAUGUUUUCUAAUCGAGGUUGAACAUUUACCUACAUAUUGAUUUUGUCCUGUUCAAUUAAUAACUGAAAAUGAUAUCAAGCAACAGAAGUCUAGACUUUGAUAUGAACCUCAGCAAAAAAUAUGAACUCGAUAACCUUGAACCAGAAAUUUCUGUGCCAAAAGCAGUGGAAGCGCUCAUGCAUAUUAUGUAUAUAACUGUAUCCGUAUCUGCUAUAGGUGGGAAUGGAAUGGUGUGUUAUAUUGUUCUUGCUUACCAAAGAAUGAGGACAGUUACUAACUUCUUUAUCAUAAAUUUAGCAGUUGGGGACAUAUUGAUGGCGUGCUUGUGCAUACCAUUCGGUUUCGUUUCGAACCUUCUGUUACAGUACUGGCCGUUUGGAGCCGUCAUGUGUGUUCUGGUCUCAUAUGCUCAAGUGGUGUCUGUCUUCAUCAGUGCGUAUACCCUCAUUGCCAUCAGUAUAGACCGAUACAUCGCUAUCUUGUAUCCUCUGCGGCCAAGAAUGACCAAGUUACACGCCAAACUCAUCAUCAUCAUGAUAUGGAUUGUUGCUCUCAUUACACCAUUACCCACCGCUAUCUUGUCAAAACUAGAAGUACAUCCAGCUUGGUCUGGCCAGAAUGGUACAUCCACUCGUUACAUAUGCAUGGAGUCUUGGCAGAGUUCGGAGCAAAGAUACUACUACAGUAUGGCCUUGAUGAUUCUCCAGUACUUCUUUCCGCUGAUGGUUCUCUUGUACACGUAUGCUAGAAUAGCAAUUGUCGUUUGGGGCAACAGACCACCCGGAGAAGCAGAAGAUGUGAGAGAUCAGAGACUUGCUGCAUCAAAAAGGAAGAUGGUCAAAAUGAUGAUCACAGUUGUAACUGUCUUCACUCUGUGCUGGCUGCCUCUCAACAUACUCAUCGUCAUUGGUGACCAGGAUGAGAGAAUCUGGCAGUACAAGCACAUAGUUUAUGUCUGGUUUGUUUGUCAUUGGCUUGCCAUGAGCCACGCUUCGUAUAAUCCCAUUAUCUACUGCUGGAUGAAUUCCAAAUUCAGAGACGGUUUCUUCCAAGUAUGUAGACAUCUGUCUUGCGCAAAAAUGCGGAGAAGAUACUUGGAAGACAAUACUCUUCAUCGGUGUAACACUUACUCAACUUACACAAGUGUAAGGAAUCUAAGUGUUCAUGGAUGUUCUCCAAGGUCCUUACACGUGAAUGGUAAAAAUAAAAUGAUGCCAAGUCCAACGCCCUCGACCAAACUUACUGUCCAGCAUUUUUGUCGGUACGACGGUUGUUUUACAGAAGAUGAUAUGAUAAGUGACUCUCCAGUAUAA